CAUGUUACGGCCAAAAAAAGGGAUUAGUAGAAUGUAGCAGCGCUUAAUUUUUAUAGGUGCAGUUCUGGCAUGUUGUUGCCUGUGUUUCAAUGUGAAGACCUUUGUGAAAACUGGUUUAAGCUCACGACUUCAGGGAAAAUUGUGAGGUAUUGUAAAAAGAGAUGCAGAAUCACGGGUCAUAAGCUUCUCUCUCUCUCUCUUUCUCUCUUCCAAUGAGGCUUCACAGAGGAUUAUGUAUGUGCAAUUGAAACUUGGCAAAUGACUUUUCUCCCUCCCCCUCCAAAAAAAAAAAAAAAAGAAAAAUCAUUUUAGCAAUGUUGCCAAUCCGUCUUUAUGUCUGAGCAGCAACUGUUGUUUUAGUUUAAAUCUGAGAUGAAGAACAAACAGAUGAACAGGACAGGGAACAUCCAGAAAAAGAAAGAGAAAUGGAGGUCAAAGAAUAAGAAUCACACAGCACCAAAAAACAGCAUGGAUAAAAUGGGCAAAAAGGCCAAGACGGCGAACUCGGAUAGAAUGACGAAUAAGCAUUUGGGCAACCAGGCAAGUGCAGCAUUGCAGAUGGACCAUGGAGUGCAAGCAGAAUUAAAAGACUCCACACACCAACAAUGCGGCUGGUUUUCACGCAACCUGCUCCUCGCCCUCACUGUGAUAGGUGUAAUAGCAGGCACAGUGAUGGGAAUGAUGCUGCGUUAUGUUCCUGAUUUGGACUCAAACAAUCUCAUGCUGAUUUCCUUUCCGGGAGACGUACUGAUGAGAAUGCUGAAGAUGCUCAUCCUGCCCCUCAUCAUCUCCAGUCUCAUUACAGGCCUGGCCGGUCUGGAUGCUCGCUCCAGUGGAAGAAUGGGCACCAGAGCAAUGGUGUACUACAUGUCCACCACAGUUAUUGCUGCUGUUCUAGGUGUCAUACUGGUGCUUGGCAUACACCCUGGGAACCCAAAACUCAGAUCUGGUCAGGUCAGCUCUGCCCCCAAGAACCAAGAGGUCAGCAGUCUGGAUGCCUUUCUGGAUCUGAUCCGAAACCUUUUCCCAGAGAACCUGGUUCAGGCCAGUUUUCAACAGGUUCAAACAGUGCUGAAAAAAGUACCUGUCGCCGUCCAGAACCAAACAGAACCGAUCAUUGUCAGUCGGAAGAAACUGGAAAUGAAGUGGGGAAUGAAUGUUUUAGGUUUGAUUGGGUUCUUCAUCACGUUUGGUAUCUACAUGGGGAAAAUGGGAGAGAGGGGGAAGCUCAUGUCUGAUUUCUUCAACAUCCUUAAUGAGAUCAUUAUGAAGAUGGUGUCCAUGAUCAUGUGGUACUCUCCAUUUGGCAUUGCCUCCCUCAUCUGUGGGAAAAUUGCUGCCAUCGGUGACCUGGAAAUGGUGGCGCGACAGCUGGGCAUGUACAUGGUCACGGUCAUGGUUGGACUCGUCAUUCAUGGCGGGCUCAUCCUGCCACUGAUAUUCUUCGCCAUGACUCGGAAAAACCCCUUCACGUUUUACUCUGGCAUCUUCCAAGCUUGGAUCACUGCUCUGGGAACAGCCAGCAGUGCUGGGACGUUGCCAGUGACAUUUCGGUGUCUGGAGGAGAAUUUAAAAAUUGAUAAGCGUGUGACUCGUUUUGUGCUGCCCAUUGGAGCCACCAUAAACAUGGAUGGCACUGCACUCUAUGAGGCCGUGGCUGCCAUUUUCAUUGCCCAGAUGAAUGACAUUGACUUAGAUGGAGGACAGAUUGUUACUGUCAGUAUGACAGCGACUUUGGCCAGUGUGGGAGCAGCCAGUAUUCCCAGUGCAGGUCUGGUCACCAUGUUGCUAAUUUUGACCGCCGUGGGCCUUCCAACUCAAGACAUCAGCCUGCUCGUCGCUGUCGACUGGCUUCUUGACAGAAUGCGCACCUCCAUUAACGUGGUGGGCGACUCUUUCGGGGCAGGCAUUGUGGACCACCUAUCACGGGCAGAGCUCGCUUUGAUCGACGGGGAAAUCCCCCUACCAGAUGAGGACUUCAUCCCCCCUCCACCUCUCCUUACUGAAAUAGACCCUAUUGAUCCUCUCAAACCACCUGAACUGCCCCCUCGAUCCCCGCGCCCCCCUAAGCUCAAUCAUCACGCCCCGUCUCUGACCCCUUCACAGUCUCAAUCGCAGUCCAUCCCGCACUCGCCCCGUUCCGUCCGCUCUCCGUCACCUCACUCCAUCCGUUCGCCCUCCCCUCGCUCUGUGUGCUCUCACUCCCCGCGGCCUUUCCGAACACAUUCCCCUCGUCUUUUACGCGGGACGGAGCCUGGAUACUGUGCCCUGCCCACUUACGACAACCAGAUUACCACACUUCCCAGAGGUUUCCGAGAGAGAGGCAGAGACCGGGAAAGAGAAAGAGAAAGACAGAGACUGCGAGAACGGGAGCGGGAUAAAGAGAGCGAGACUGAGGAGGAUGAAGAGAAAGAACGAAUGAUGGACGUGGCGAGUGAUGGAGAGGAAAGUGACGACACGGCGUACGACAGACGCCAUGCCAUCCCAGCUUGUGACCUGCCCUGAACAGGAACAGACAAAGCUGUACCACAUUUUCACAAUACUACUUCUGUAUUUCAGCAUCCACCUUGCUGGAUGAAAGUUUGUGUAUUGAUGUUUGGCAAAGACUUUGAGUAGACCUACGUGUGUUGUGUGUUUGUUCUGCUUUGAGAAGCUUGACAUAAUUGAAUAGAGGGUUCAUUGGCAAGUAUGUUUUUAGUGUCAGCUUUAUAGUCUAGCAACACCAAUUGUUUGUAACUUGCAGCUUAUUUACUUUUAUUGGUUAUUUGCUUUUACAGGAUUUCAAUAAUAAAUACCGGACGAGUGUUUUGAGCGUUUAUUGCA